AUGAUGCCUAAGGAGAAGCCGCUGUGGAAGGGCUUCGCGUUCCGCCUCUGCCUGCUCUCGGCCGCGGUCUUCCUCUGCCUGCAGCUGGGGCUGAGGCGCUCCUGCGCCCCGGCGGAGAAGGCGGGAGCAGCUGCGGCCGGGGCGCUGCCCGCCCGGGGCACAGAGCAGCGCCUAGGGCCGGCCCGCAGCAGCCGCAAGGACGAAGUGGAGGCGCACCUGGCGCCGGGGGCGGGGCGGCCGGAGGCGGCGACCGCCAGCAGGAGGCGGGUGACCUACCUGAGAAGCAGCCGCAGAAGGAGCUCGGAGCCCGCCUGCUGCCCCCUGCAGACCCUGGGCAGCAGCCGCAGGAAGGUAGGGCCCUGUGAGACUAUACGAUGGCACGUAGACCUGCAGCCUUGGGCAAGUCCAACUCCUUCCCUGAAUUAUGAGGCCUUGAGGUUCCUGAAGUAUAUCACCACACCUCAGAUUUCAUGUGAACAUAUGAAUAUGAACAGCCUGACAGAUAACUCUAAAACCAUAAAGAAGCCAUGGUCAAUCUGUCUUGAUGACAGGUUCAGUUUAGUUCAUCGAAUCAAAAGCAAGCAAUGCCGUCUCUAUUCACUUGGACUGAGCAGUGAUGAUAACCAGUUUGAGAUCAGCAUGGCCAACAGUGGAUGUGAGGUGCAUCGAUUUGAUCCUAGUAUCAAAUCAGCUCAUAUUCAGGAGGGACAACACCUCUGGAACCAUCGCCUGUCCAUUGACUGGAGAGAUCCCAAUCCGGCAAUUGCUGCUCAUAAACUACGCAGCCAUACAAAAAAGCUUGGCACCAUCUUGAAUGAAUUUGGACACCAGAAGAUUGAUGUCCUCAAGGCAGAUAUGGAAAGUGCGGAGUGGAAAAUUUUGGAAAACCUGAUUCUGGAUGACAUUGUUGAACAGAUAGGACAAUUGGUCUUUGAAGUCCACAUUCAUUGGCCUGGAUUUGAGGUCAGUGGCAAUGACAGCACGGUGGUCCGAUACUGGUACAGUCUUCUCAAAGAAUUAGAACUGAAGGAUUUCAGGCUUUUUCACACUUACAAAGACUUAUUGAAACCACAGAUGUUUCUGAAGAAGGAAGCCUUCAAUGCAAGUAGCUGUUACACACUAAGCUGGGUGAACACAAGAUGGAAAUAG